AUGAUCCUCGGUCCCAUAUCCAUUUUGGACUGCGCAGUCUUCUGCCUUCUGCUCGCGCCCCAACUCAUACUACAGGCUGGCCUGUUCGACACGGUCGCUUGCGUACUAAACUGCCUCCCAUUCCUACUUCUGCAGCUGCCUUACGAAUUCAUUCGUGACCAGGCGUUCGCCAAGAGCGCCCAUGUGUCUCCCUUCACGCGCCAGGCCCCGCUGUUUGAGGAUUUCGUCAACCGCUGCGUCCGCUUCGCCUUUGCGAACAUUCCCGCGCACAUUGGUCGAGUUUUUCUGAGCAAGGAAGUUUCGUUGCCCUUCCUGAGAUACCGCAUGCUCCGUCAUGGGUAUCUCCGACCGCCGGUACAUUGGCGCGAGCACAGAGGGAGGGGCUUCCACGGAAUAUGGAUUGCUGCAGACCCGAACAAGCGUCCAGACGUGGUUGUAUACUACAUGCACGGUGGUGGAUUUUCAAUGGGCUCGGGACACUUUUACCUCGAAUUCCUGGUGGUAUGGCACUCGCUGCUGCGGGAGUCUGGCUUCCAGAAUCCAUCAAUUUUCAUCCUCGAAUACACACUAGUUCCCAAGGCUUGUUAUCCGACGCAGCUGGAAGAAGCGAUCCACGGAUACGAACACGCAGUGUCCAUGGCAGGACAAGCUUCCAAUGUGGUCGUGGCGGGAGAUUCCGCGGGCGGAAACUUGUCCCUCAGCCUCAUGCUUCAUAUUGGUCGUCACGAUGCGUCGGAAAACACCGAAAUCCCAAACCAAACGGCCCGACCCCAAAAGCCCGGCAUGGCCGUUCUGAUAAGCCCAUGGGUGACACUGAUCACGGACGAAAACAAGAACACAAGCAGUGACUACCUCAACGCUGAGGCCUUGAAGAUGUAUGGGCUUCAGUACGUUGGGGAUGCCAACAGGCACGAUCCGCUCGUGUCGCCUGGGUGUUGCCAAGAUGCAAACUGGUGGCGACGGGCAAGCCCCUCAAAAGAGUUGUUUCUCAUUUAUGGAGAGGAGGAGAUCUUCGCCCCCGAGGCACGGAGAUUCAAAAAGAUGCUGCAGGAUUUUGGCAUCAAUGCAAGAAGCCACAAGGAGCCUUCAGCCGUUCAUGCCUGGCCGGUGGUGUCAAUCUACCUUUCCGGCGACCAAAAGAAGAGGCUAAAAGGUCUCAGGCUCAUUGUUGACGAAAUCCGGGGACGGAUGUCGCAGGACAACAUUGUGAAAAUAUGA